CCAAGAAUAUCCGAUAUCCCUGUCUUCUGGCCUCAUCAUGGCCCCCGAGAACAGCGACAAGCACAUGAACGAUCAACAACUGGGUCAGCACAUUCAUUUUUCUCCUCCCAAACCACCACACUCUCCAAAGAAACCCUCACCACUUAGACAAUGCCAACGACUCUCCUCUGUACCCGACUAUGAGAAGAUCAACAACUUGAGCUUACACGACGAUGAUUCAGCAACUUAUUUACAAGAUCUCCGAAACAACCGCGUCGCGCGACUAAACGGUUCAAGACCGCCUCCGCCAUCAAGAAUUGCCAGCAAGCGUCAACAACAAAGACCAACAUCAAGCGACGGCUCCGUUCCGACCACCGCAACUAACGAUGCAGCUCCAAUCACCACCCAUACCCGUCACAAGAGCCUCGAAUCGAACAUCCGCAGCGAUUUCACCGGCCGUCCUCUAGUCGCAAAACCUGGGCCUACAAAUGUGGCCAAGCCAUCACCCCUGGUAGUACAGCCAAUAGAAGAAGCAAUGGAAGAGUUGAAUUUGGAUGAGGAACAACGCAUACACGAAGCGGCUCAGGAUGAGGCUGCCGAACUAGUCUGGAAACAUCGUACUGGCUAUGACCCGGAGAAGGAACGCGCCUCUGCCUACACAAACCCUGAUGUAGAUCCCAAAGCUGCACGAAAGGACUAUCGUUCACACCUCCGGAAUACGAGCAAGGACAGAAAUGAGAUUCGUCCUCUAUCCAUCAGUCGACCAGUGAUAAGUGAUUCACCAAUCUCCUCUCCCGAGAGACCCAGCACCAAGGCGCUGCCAGAUGAUCCCUUUGUCGAAGCUACACCUGUUUCUACACCACGAAGCACGCGCUCAAAAGGCAAAAGCUACGAAGGACUUGCGAACGCUGUGGCCAACGACGUCGCAGCUUCGAAGCGCCGAGUCAGCAGUGGGUCAAAACGACGACCCAGUGCAGAUGUCAAGGCUGGUUUCAUGGAUCCGAACGACAAGAUCUACGAAGAACCCGACGAACAGCUGAAAGAAGCAAGAGCUGCAGAAGCAGUCAAAGCGGCAGAGAAAGUCGAAGUCAAGGAAGAAGUCCCACGCCAUGUUCGCAGAAACCCCUUUGCCAGGGUGAGAAUGGCACAGGAGAAGUUUGAGAAGAAAGAAUCUCCGUCCGGCUACUCUGUCAAGAAAAAUGAUGGGAAAGAAUCCAUCUCUGGAUACACGGCGAAGAGACACGAGAAAAUCGAGAUUCAGAGAAAUCCACCUUCCCAGUCUCGGAACGCCUUUUACACUGUCAACAAUUCCGUCCCAGCUUCACCUAACCUUCCACCUCAAGACUCACCAGAGAAGACCCCGGAGGAAAGUCCGAAAGUCAAGGAUGGCAAGGAAAUACGCGGCGAUGACAUACGUUCCGCGACAGCCAUGAAGCGCAAGGACAGAAGUCCAAAUUUGCCUCAGCCAACCGCGGUGAGCGACAGCCCUGGCAGACCAAUUGUCAGCUUCCAAUCAGGCUGGAAGCCCAAAGAGAUCCAACUGGUCGAAGAGAAAUCGAUACCUUUGCCAGAAUGCUUGGCCGUAGGAAAGAAUGCCCCUUCUGAGUCCGCCUUAAGUGGGAAGCAGAGACGAUACUCAUUGCCUCGUUCCCAGCAGGGUCCACCUUCCAUUCCUGCAAUUGUGUCGCCGGAUGAUUCGCCAACGAAGAUGGCCAAGCAAUCUGGCAGCACGCCUAUAAUCGCUAGGAUGAGUGCGGACAUCCCAAUGAUAGUAGUUCCGGACGAUGGUUUCUCAAGCCCAUCCAAGACACUUUCUGAAGAGCCUGAUGUUCCUGCACUAUGCUUGUCGCCGACAAAGUCAAAACCUCCGGUCUUCGUUAUUGACGAAUCGAGCAAGGACAAGGACCAGCACCAGCGACCACCGCCUCUCCAGCACCGUCCGCAGUCUUCACCACCAAAGUCGUCCUCGCCUUUUGCCAAACGCCCCCUGCCUACACCUGUGCCUUCAUCAGCUCGCCCACUCCCCGUUCCUUCCAAGACCUCGCCAUAUCCAGUCGUGGCAAAACCGCACAUGACUCCUUCCGUAAGACGAAACACGGCCUUGUGUGCCCAUUGUGCAUUGCCCAUAGCAGGGCGCAUCUUGAGUGCCGCAGGCGAGCGCUUCCACCCUUCAUGUUUUAAGUGUCAUGAUUGUGGCAUCAACCUCGAAUGCGUCGCAUUUUACCCCGAGCCAGACAAGAAGCGAGCCGAGCGCCUGGCUCGUAUCCAACAGCGUCAGCAGGGCCUUGACGUUCAAGUACCUGUAGGUGUAACCGAGGAAGACGUGAGAAGACUGGAGGAACAAGACGGUGACGAGUCUCUGCGAUUCUUCUGCGGACUCGACUUCCACGAAUCUUUCAGCCCGCGCUGCAAGAGUUGUAAAACGCCCAUUGAGGGCGAGGUAGUUGUCGCAUGUGGAGCAGAAUGGCAUGUUGGCCACUUCUUCUGCGCACAGUGUGGUGAUCCUUUCGAUUCAACUACACCUUUCGUGGAAAAGGAGGGAUACGCAUGGUGUGUGGGCUGCCAUACCAACAGAUACAGCGCCAAAUGCCGCAAGUGCAAACGUCCUGUCACCGAGAUUGUUGUCAAGGCUCUGGGCGCCGACUGGCAUGCUGACUGCUUCUGCUGCACUGAAUGUGGUGAUGGCUUUGACGAUGGUAGAUACUUCCUAAGGGGCCACAAUCAAGAUCCCGUGUGUGUAAGAUGUGAAGAGCGGAGACUCAAGGCCUAUUAGUAGGGGAGAGGUUCUGAACGAAAUGACUACGAAACUUACUGCAUUUUCUUGGAAGGUUUUGAUAGCGUUCAUGUUGGAUGGCGUCGUUUAUGGGGUGGAGUUGGGUUGGGUUUAGAUUUUGGCGCAAGCAUCGAGAUAGACGUUUACUUCGAGUACAAAUGUCAAGGUUUACAUCACAGCAC